CCCGCAGGCACCCGCAGACUCAACCAUGCACGUCAUCGUCCGCGCGCUCUUGCUUCCCUGGAUCGUCACCUUCGCCGCGGCGGCGGGGGUCGUCAAGCUGAACACGAAGGCCGACCCGGUCGAGGCCGUGGUCGAGGUCUUCAAGCACCUCCAUCCGGCGGCCUCAUCGGCCGCGCUCGCCGUCGCGAAGAACGGGGUCGCGUCGGUGCUCAAGGGCCUCGAGGCGUCCGACACGAGCACCGAGAACGUCGCGUUCGAGGACGAGAACGAGCGCCGGCGCGCCGCGGCCGAGCAGUCCGAGCGGCGCGGCGCGUGCUCCGACAUCACGAGCCGCGAGGUGUGCAAGAACGCCGCGAACAAGGCCGACUGCUCCUGGAGCAAGAGCCGCGAGAAGUGCAAGAACAAGCGCAAGAAGUGCGCCGAGGUCAAGAACAAGAAGACGUGCCACAAGAAGAAGUACGCGAACAUCUGCGCGUGGAGCUUCAAGAAGGAGAAGUGCCGGAACGCCAAGUGCGAGGAGAUCGACGACGAGCGCGACUGCAUGUCCGAGGGCGCGCGGAAGAGGGGCUGCAAGUGGAAGAACAACCAGAAGCGCUGCAUCGUCGACAAGGACGCCGGCGGCGGGGGGUCGGACGCCUUCACCGAGUCGACGUCGACGAGCGCGUUCGCGGGGGCCUCGUGCGCCGCCCAGGAGCAGCAAAUCGUCGCGUUGAACGCGAACAUCACGAACCUCAGCGCCGAGCUCGAGACCAAGGACGUCGAGCUCGAGACCAGCGCCGACGCGCUCGCGGACGCGAUCGAGAAGCAGGAGACCUGCGAGGCCACGGUGCAAUCGCUCGAGGAGGCGAACGCCUCCGGGGAGGGCUGCCCGACGCCCGCGCCGACGCCCGAGCCGACGCCCGCGCCGACGCCCGCGCCGUCGGUCUCUCCGACGCCCGCGCCGACGACGCCCGCGCCGACGGUCACUCCGACGCCCGCGCCGACGACCGCGCCGACGCCCGCGGUGUGGGUUCAGCGCGGCGACGACAUCGACGGCGAGGCCGCGGACGACUGGUCGGGCGCCUCGGUGUCGCUGAGCGCGGACGGCACGGCGCUGGCCGUCGGGGCGUCCGGAAACGACGGCGCCGGCUCCUACGCGGGCCACGCGCGCGUGUUCGCGUGGAACUCCGACGACGACACGUGGAUUCAGCGCGGCGACGACAUCGACGGCGAGGCCGCGGACGACAACUCGGGCGCCUCGGUGUCGCUCAGCGCGGACGGCACGACGCUGGCCGUCGGGGCGUCCGGAAACGACGGCGCCGGCUCCAGCGCGGGCCACGCGCGCGUGUUCGCGUGGAACUCCGUCGACGAGACGUGGAUUCAGCGCGGCGACGACAUCGACGGCGAGGCCGCGUACGACUACUCGGGCUCCUCGGUGUCGCUCAGCGCGGACGGCACGACGCUGGCCGUCGGGGCGUACACGAACGGCGACGACGACCUCGGCUCCAUCGCGGGCCACGCGCGCGUGUUCGCGUGGGACCCCGUCGACGAGACGUGGGUUCAGCGCGGCGUCGACAUCGACGGCGAGUUCGUGUCGCUGAGCGCGGACGGCACGACGCUGGCCGUCGGGGCGCCCUACAACGGCGGCGCCGGCUACGAAGCGGGCCACGCGCGCGUGUUCGCGUGGGACUCCGUCGACGAGACGUGGAAGCAGCGCGGCGACGACAUCGACGCCGAGGCCGCGGGCGACUGGUCGGGCUGGUCGGUAUCGCUGAGCGCGGACGGCGCGACGCUGGCCGUCGGGGCGAUCUACAACGACGGCGGCGGCUCCGACGCGGGCCACGCGCGCGUGUUCGCGUGGGACUCCGUCGACGAGACGUGGGUUCAGCGCGGCGACGACAUCGACGGCGAGGCCGCGGGCGACGACUCGGGCUACUCGGUGUCGCUGAGCGCGGACGGCACGGCGCUGGCCGUCGGGGCGCCCAGGAACGGCGGCGCCGGCUCCAACGCGGGCCACGCGCGCGUGUUCGCGUGGGACCCCGUCGACGAGACCUGGAAGCAGCGCGGCGACGACAUCGACGGCGAGGCCGCGGACGACUGGUCGGGCAGGUCGCUUGAUCCCGGCGACGGUACCGAUGCAAUUCCGUGCGACGACUUCCAGUACGUCAACAACAACAUCUGCCUCGAGUGCCCGACCGGCUUCACGUGCGACGGCGACACCAAGACGGCGUGCGCCGUCGACAAGUACGUCGACAACAACGAGUGCCUCGAGUGCCCGACCGGCUUCACGUGCGACGGCGUCACCAAGACGGGGGCUGAUGGCCUUCGGGGCAAUAUGACCUUCCUCGGCGUCGACGUCGACACCGCGAACGCGAACAAGCCCGCCUUCGAUACGACGAUCGCGGGGAUCGCGGGCGUGGACGAAACCUCCAUCGUCGCGCUCUCCUUCGCUCCUUUUUCUUCCUUCUCAUUCGACGACGUCACGCAGUGCUUCCUCGACGGCGGCGACUGCGCCUCGUGCUGCCCGGACUGCGACGACCUCUCUUAUUCCCGGAAACAAAGUUCCGACAACUGCGUGUGCUACAGCGAAGUGUUGACGCACCCCGCGGACUAUUUGGGGCUAUAUCUGGGCGGCCAGGGCUCUUGCGUGCACGUGACGUCGGCACUAGCCAGUUUUACACCCCCUAAUAACCAACCCCGGGGGGGGGUGUUUGGAGGUACCGGUGACGACGUGAUCGUGCUCGAGGGAGACUACUUCUCGGAUAUUUACGGCAAAUCAGGCGAAGAUAAGAUCACCAUCAUUGGAAACGAGGCGAAGAACGUCAAUGGCGACUUGCCCCGCGGCGAGCCGCAGACGCGCCGCUCCCUACCCCCCCCAUCCCCUCCCCCUUUGAGAGAUUUAUCCCCAAGGGCUCCCGACGCCGCGUUCAGCGCGACGUCGCUGCCCCACGCCAACGGCCUCGCCAAGCCGCCGCGGCGCUCCACCACCGCGGGCCGAGCAAAACUCGCGCCCGCCGCCGAUCGAGGUAACACUACGAUUCGUUGCUCGACAAGCGGCAGCGCUUGCGUCGGUUGA